GGGGAGGGGGCGGGGUGGAGGAGGGAGCGGAGCCCGGCGCCGCCGGAGCUGCAGGGGGAGCGCUCUCUGGCUGCCUCACCCGCUCGCGGCUGCCCGUGCGCUGCGCUCCAGCCGCUCGCCGCUGCCGGUGGAUGGGGGUGUCCAGCUGAGUCCCGGGAUCCGCCUCCCUCAGCCAGGACCCGCACAGGAACGAAUCCUGCAAGCAGCUGCUGUCCUACUGCUGUGUAAGAAUGGAGGCCCCCCUGGUGAGCCUGGAUGAGGAGUUUGAGGACCUUCGGCCCUGCUGCUCGGAGGACCCGGAGGAGAAGCCACGGUGUUGUUACGGCUCGUCUCCCCACCAUCUGGACGACCCCUCCCUCUCGGAGCUUGAGAAUUUUUCUUCUGAAAUAAUCAGCUUCAAGUCUAUGGAGGACCUCGUGAAUGAGUUUGAUGAGAAGCUCAAUGUCUGCUUUCGGAACUACAACGCCAAGACAGAGAACCUGGCUCCUGUGAAGAACCAGUUCCAGAUCCAAGAGGAGGAGGAGACCCUUCAGGACGAGGAGGUUUGGGAUGCUCUGACAGACAAUUACAUCCCUUCACUCUCGGAAGACUGGAGGGACCCAAACAUCGAAGCGCUGAAUGGCAACAGCUCUGACACCGAGAUCCAUGAGAAGGAAGAGGAAGAGUUCAACGAGAAGAGUGAAAAUGACUCUGGCAUCAAUGAGGAGCCUCUGCUCACAGCGGAUCAGGUAAUCGAGGAGAUUGAGGAAAUGAUGCAGAACUCCCCAGACCCUGAGGAGGAAGAAGAGAUCCUGGAGGAAGAAGAUGGAGGAGAAACCUCCUCGCAGGCAGACUCGGUCCUGCUGCAGGAGAUGCAGGCCUUGACGCAGACCUUCAACAACAACUGGUCCUACGAAGGGCUGAGGCACAUGUCUGGGUCAGAGCUGACCGAGCUGCUGGACCAGGUGGAGGGGGCCAUCCGAGACUUCUCGGAGGAGCUGGUGCAGCAGCUGGCCCGCCGGGACGAGCUGGAGUUUGAGAAGGAGGUGAAGAACUCCUUCAUCACGGUGCUUAUCGAAGUGCAGAACAAGCAGAAGGAGCAGCGAGAACUGAUGAAAAAGAGGCGGAAAGAGAAAGGGCUGAGCUUGCAGAGCAGCCGGAUAGAGAAGGGAAGCCAGAUGCCGCUCAAGCGCUUCAGCAUGGAGGGCAUCUCCAACAUCCUGCAAAGCGGCAUCCGCCAGACCUUUGGCUCCUCAGGGACCGACAAACAGUACCUGAACACAGUCAUUCCCUAUGAGAAGAAAGCCUCUCCCCCGUCCGUGGAAGACCUGCAGAUGCUGACCAACACUCAAGUGCAUCCAUCACGGAGAGAACUUCGGAAAUGUGGAGAAGUGAACAAAGAAAAAUAAUUUAUUGCCCACUCCACUGUGGCUACCUUUGUGGUUUCCUGCCAUCAUAUUUUAUAUCUUUUCUUUAUCAUUGGGAUUAUCCUGGCUAUAAAAUUUUGUAUCAUGAUUUUAGUCACAGCAGUUCACAUUUGGUUAACAUUUAUUUUAUGGCUGUCUCUUCUAUCACGUGGAUGGAAUACACUUUGAAGUUUUAUUCCUUUUAAAAGGAAAACUACCAUCUUGCCUGAAUACUGAUUCUGUAGGAGAGCUCUCUUUUUUGGCAAUUUCUUUUUUAAAAAAAUAUUUAUUUAUUUAUUUGAAAGGCAAAGUUACAGACAGAGAGAGAGAGGGAGAGUCAGAUCUUCCAUGCAACUGGUUCGUUUCCCAAAUGGUUGCAAUGGCCAAGGCUGGGCCGAUCUGAAGCCAGGAGUUUCUUCUGGGUCUCCCACAUAGGUGCAGGGGCCCAAGACUUGAGCCAUCUUCAGCUGCUUUUCCAGGCACAUUAGCAAGGAGCUGGAUCAGAAGUGGAGCAGCUAGGACUUGAACUGGCGCCAAUGGGAUGCCAGUGCCACAGGUGGCAGCUUUACCCAUUGUCCACAGUGCUGGCCCGGAGUUUCCGAUUCUUGAUGUUACUUUCCAGCUAGCAUAGGAAGGUGAUCUUCCACAUGGGGAUUUUGAGUCAGGUGCCCUUCUGCACCUGCUGUUUUAUUCUUUUGUUUGUGUUAACUGCUAGGCCACCAUGCCAGGCCCUUAGCAAAUUUUUGCAUGCAUUUGUGAACAGUGUUUCUUUCCUUACCACCUCCUUGUAUCAGAGACAUAGGCCAAAGACCAGCUCCUGCAGCUGCGCCAUCCAUGUAAGUUUGGGAAUUUUUUUUUUAAAGAUUUAUUUAUUUAUUUAUUUGACAACCAGAGAGAGAGAGAGAGAGGAAGGAAUAUCUUUCAUCUACUGGUUCCCUUCCCAAAUAGCUGCAACAGCCAGAGUUGGGCCAGGCUAAAGUCAGCAGAAAUCAGGAACUUCAUCUAGGUCUCCCACAUGGGGGACAAGGGCCCAAGUACCUGGGUCAACCUUCAGCUGCCUUCCCAGGCACAUUAGCAGGAAGCCGGGACGCAAACCAACAUACCCACAGAGAAGUCACAAGCAGUGGCCUAACCCACUGUGCCACAGCACUGGCCGUAGAUUUUUGAGACCAAUUUAGAUACAUAUUGAUGAGUUCAACUAUUAUGUUUUUAUGAUUAUUUUCUUGGUAUAGCAUUUAGCCAGUUGCAGAAUAUGCCUAGCCACCAAGUAGAAAUGAAUAUGUGUCUGAAAUUAUGGAAGAAAUAAGAAGGAAAAGACCAGCACCUGGAGGCUCUCUGGGUUUGUCUCUUUCUUUUCUGGGUCUGGUCACUGCCUUGUGCCACCGAAGGGCUCUGUUCCUAUCCCAUUCUUGGUAUUUGCAUUCAAGUUGUAUCACCCUGCCUUGGGCAAGGUAACCAACCUGGGGGGUAAGGACAUGGGAAGGAAUUGGGGAUCCCUUGGAGUCACUGUUGCCUUAUGACCCUGGCUAUCAGUGCCAGCUGAACUUCAUUGUCUUCUCUGUUUCCAAAAGUCACAUGAAGAGGGGGCUGGCAUUGUGGCCCAGCAGGUUAAGCCACCAUCUGUGACAGGGGCAUCCCAUAUGAGCACCCAUAUGUCCAUAUGGGCAUCCCAUAUGAGCACUGGUUGGAGUCCAUUUCCCAUUCAGCUCCCUGCUAAUGUGCCUGGGAAGGCAGCAGAAGGUGGUCCAAGUGCUUGGGCCUCUGCCAUCCACUUGGGAACUGGGUUGUAGUUCCAGGCUCCUGGCUCAGCCUGGUCAAGCCAUGGCUUUAGUGCACAUUUGGGGAAUGAACCAGUGGAUAGAAGAUAUCUCUCUUUCUCUCUCUCUGUCACUCUAUCUUUCAAAGAUAAAUAAAUAUGUAUAUAUUUAAGAUUUACUUAUUUAUUUGAAAAUCGGAGUAACAGGGCUGGUGCUGUGGCGCAGCAGGUUAAAGCUCAGGCCUGUAGUGCUGGCAUCCCAUAUGGGCAUUGGUUCAAGUCC